CACGUUAGACACACAAUUAGACCUUUGAGGUAGCAAAACUAAUCCGAAGAGAGAUAGUGAGGCAUUAUUUUUCCCUUAGCCUGAGAAGUGAAUCCUGGAAAUGUCUCUCAAGGCAUUAGACUACGAUUCCCUGAAUGAAAACGUGAAGAAUUGUCAGUAUGCAGUCAGAGGUGAACUCUAUCUCCGUGCUUCUGAGCUUCAGAAAGAAGGCAAAAAGAUUAUUUUCACAAAUGUUGGAAACCCCCAUGCUUUAGGACAGAAGCCUCUGACAUUUCCUCGUCAGGUGGUUGCUCUAUGCCAAGCCCCAUUUCUGCUAGAUGACCCAAAUGUUGGGAUGAUAUUCCCAGCAGAUGCUAUUGCAAGAGCUAAGCAUUAUCUCUCUUUGACAUCUGGUGGUCUUGGUGCUUACAGUGACUCAAGAGGUCUUCCAGGAGUUCGGAAAGAAGUUGCUGAGUUCAUUGAGCGGCGUGAUGGAUAUCCAAGCGACCCAGAACUUAUAUUUCUAACUGAUGGAGCUAGCAAAGGUGUGAUGCAAAUAUUGAAUUGUGUGAUACGCGGUCAGAAAGACGGAAUUCUGGUUCCAGUUCCACAAUAUCCACUCUACUCGGCUACCAUAUCUCUGUUAGGUGGCACUCUUGUUCCUUACUAUCUUGAAGAGAAUGAAAAUUGGGGACUUGAUGUUAACAACCUUCGUCAAUCCGUUGCUCAGGCUCGCUCUCAAGGAAUUACAGUAAGGGCAAUGGUGAUCAUUAACCCCGGAAACCCAACUGGUCAGUGUCUUAGCGAAGCUAAUUUAAGAGAGAUACUGCGGUUCUGUUGUGAUGAAAGAUUGGUUCUUCUUGGAGACGAAGUGUAUCAGCAGAACAUAUACCAAGAUGAGCGUCCCUUUAUCAGUUCCAAGAAGGUUUUGAUGGAUAUGGGAGCUCCUAUCAGCAAGGAAGUUCAGCUCAUAUCUUUCCACACUGUUUCCAAAGGAUACUGGGGAGAAUGUGGACAAAGAGGUGGUUACUUUGAGAUGACAAAUAUCCCUCCCAGGACCGUUGAGGAAAUAUAUAAAGUUGCCUCUAUAGCUCUAAGUCCCAACGUCUCUGCACAAAUAUUUAUGGGUUUAAUGGUUAGUCCACCAAAGCCUGGAGACAUUUCUUAUGACCAAUUUGUUCGUGAAAGCAAGGGAAUACUAGAAUCACUUAGAAGAAGAGCAAGGAUGAUGACUGAUGGAUUCAACAGCUGCAAAAACGUCGUCUGUAAUUUCACAGAAGGUGCAAUGUAUUCGUUUCCACAAAUAAAGUUGCCGCCGAAAGCAAUCCAAGCAGCCAAACAAGCCGGAAAAGUCCCAGACGUUUUCUACUGCCUUAAGCUCUUAGAAGCCACAGGAAUCUCCACAGUUCCAGGCUCUGGAUUUGGACAAAAAGAAGGGGUGUUUCAUCUGAGGACAACAAUCCUGCCAGCAGAAGAAGAAAUGCCAGAGAUAAUGGACAGUUUCAAAAAGUUCAAUGAUGAGUUCAUGUCUCAGUACGGUGAUAGCUUUGGUUACUCCAGAAUGUGAAAAAAAAAAGAGACUCGGAGAUCACUUGUUUUUCUUUAACGACAUUAUUAUUAUUGUCUAUUCACACUCUUAAAAAGCUUUACUCACUGGUCCUACUCUCUGUAAAACUCUUCUUGUUACUCUUUAUAAAAAAACCUCUGUAUCUAUUGUAA